AUGUCGAAGCUUAAAUUACAAGUAUAUUCAUUUAAUCAUUCUAGUUUUGCUCUGGUCCUUCGUUGUAGAGUUCUUUUGACAAAAAUCAAAUAAUCUUACAAGGAAAUUAGUAGGAUCCCAUUUCUUCAUUGUAAUAAGAAAACCUCAUCAAUUUGGGGAAUACUGAAUAAAAGCGAAGAAGUAAUUAUGCUGGAGAUCGCUUCAUUCCAACCAUAAAAAAGAAAUUUAGCAUUCUUACUGAAACCAAGGCACCUGCUCAAGACAUUGCUUCAUCUUAAGCAGCUCUUGAAAUGCUCUAUAAAUAAUAAAUUUUAAAUUAGGAUCCUAUUAUGGAAUCUGAGAGUGGUUCACUUAAAUUUAUUAAUCAAAAUAACUUCCAAUACAAGAAUGAGCAUGUGCAUUAUAUCGAUUCCAUUGAUCCGAAAAAUUAUAAUAGGUAUUAAUUUAAAUAAAUUAGUCCUCUUGUUGAUCAUAAAUACUUUGCAUUACCAGAAACCAUAUCCAGCUAAUAUGGAAAAUACAUAAGAAAAAUUCCCAAAGUGCCAUUUAAAGUUUUAGAUGCUCCUCAAUUAUAAGAUGAUUUCUAUUUAAACCUGAUAGAUUGGAGCACCUAUAACACAUUAUCAGUAGCACUCAAUAACAGUGUUUAUUUAUGGUACUUUUUAUCCAAUCAAAUUAGGAAUGCUUAAUCUUAAAAAGUUACGAAACUGCUAGAUCUUUGUAAUGAUGUAGUAACGAGUGUUGGAUGGUCAUUAAGAGGCCCAUUGUUAGGAGUUGGAACUAACAAUGGAGAAGUCUAAAUAUGGGAUGCUUGUAAGUUACAAAAAGUUAGAACGUUUAAAAGUCACACUGCAAGAGUUGGGACUCUUUGUUUUGCUGAAAGUAUUUUAAGUAGUGGUUCAAGAGAUAAAUUAAUAAUCUAAAGAGAUAUAAGAUAAAAAGAAGACUAUUUUUUUAAAUCUCUUGCUCAUAAAUAAGAAGUUUGCGGGUUAAAAUGGUCUCCUGAUAGCUAAUUAUUAGCUUCAGGUGGAAAUGAUAAUAAAUUAUACAUUUGGAGUUCAGCUUAAUACGAUAAACCAAUAUUUAAAUUUAAUGAACAUCAAGCAGCUGUUAAAGCUAUAGCCUGGAGUCCACAUUAACAUGGAUUAUUAGCAAGUGGUGGUGGUACUGCAGAUAAAACCAUUAGAUUUUGGAAUGCUUUAGAAGGCAGAAUGUUAUCAAAAGAAGAUACUGGAAGUUAAGUCUGUAAUUUAAUGUUCAGCAAAAUGGAAAAUGAAUUGAUUUCAACACAUGGUUAUAGUCAACAUUAAAUUAUACUUUGGAAAUGCAAUGGUAUGAAAAGAAUUGCCACUUUAAUAGGUCAUACUAGUCGGUAUAUAUUUAUUACAAUUAAGUGUGUUAUAUUUGGCGAUGUCUCCUGAUGGUUAUACCAUAGUGACAGGAGCUGGAGAUGAAACUUUGAGAUUUUGGAGUAUCUAUACAUAAUCAAUGGGCAAUUAAUAAAAUAGCAAAUGCUAAUUAGCACCGCAUAAUAUCAGUAUUCGUUGA